GAAAUGGCUCCUAAAGUGGUGGUACCAGCAGAUUUUGGUAUAGAGAACCUACACUCUCAGUUUCACGGUAACGUGGUCCUAAAGUUACAAGGAGGAGAGGACAUGAAAGCAAACUCUCUGAUCCUGUCUUACCACAGUUCAGUGUUUGUUCACCUGUUCCUGGAACUACAACAGUCUGUUCUGGAGAUGGAGGACUUUGUGGGGGAGGCGGUGAAGAGUUUCCUGGGGGCCCUGUACAGCGGGGAGAUCCAACUAGUGAGGCACUUGUUCAGAGAUGUCAACAAGCUCUGUCACGUCUUCAAAGUGGAGUGGUUGUCAGGGAGAUGUUGGGACUACUUCACUGGUCUGGUGGGUGAUGUUAGUGUUCACACUGACUACCAGACUUUGUUGUUCUUGUUUGAGGAGGCCAGGUUUUGUAUGAGAGUGAUGAAAUGUGACAAGUUUGUGGACCUGGUGGUACAGAAGAUUUGUGGUCUGGAGAACAGAGCUGAGAUAUUUGUUGAACCCUACAUGAAGAACUACACUGAACUAGAAACUAGCCAACUAGAUUUAAUGUUGCAGAUUACAUUAAGUAAUCCAAUGUUCUUGCUGAAAAUAAUGAAGAAGAAUCUGGAGAAUGAAGGAGGAGUAUUCAAUGAAGCUUCUCGUUAUCUGCUGGAAAAUAUUGAUCUUUGUAAAUGCAUUGCUGAUGAUGAAGCUCUUUUUGAGGAUCUGUUUGAUGUUUUAGAUAGUGCAACUAAAUCAUCUGAUUCUGAUGCACUAUUUGUUAACACAUUGUACAGGAAAUCUGUAAGAGAACUCAAGAAAAGACAGCCUUCAAGUUGUUCAUCAGGACUAUCAAAUGUAGCAUACUCUGUCACUGUAGUUCCUCAAGUGCAGCAGAAAUUCCGAAUAUCUUUUGUUCAUUCGAUCAUUUCGAGGACUUAAUGAACGUGAAUUUCUAGAUGUGACUGGAGAGUCUCCUCUUGUUAGAAACUUGUACAUGCUCAUCGAGGGAUUUUUUGCAUUCCAAUAUAAUUCCAAUUUUGAAGUAUUGCUGACACCUAAUAUGGUACAUAAAAUAGAGCAGAUUCGGUCGCAAGAGAGGAUGGAGCAGAAUAUCACCUGAAUUCCUUGAAUUUUGGCAUGACAUUGAUGUCGAAGAGGCUAAUAUUAUAAAAGAAAACGGUUGCGAUCUUACGUCUAAGGAAGAGAGUGUUCGAAGGGUUGGAAAGACAGUCGGGAUGGAUAAUAAAAUAUCAAAGGUAAAUAAGUGCAAAGUUAGAGAUCUGUUUUACAGACCACUAUCUUUUGCUUUUCAUUUCAAACACCCUAACACGAUUGAUUGUUGUUUACCUGGAAAAUGUGGGUUCCUUCUAAAAUGUACCCCUGAUAUGAAGUCUGGUGAACCACACAAGUUUAAAGUAAGCCUUUGUUUAGAUCAAGAAGUAUAUCCUGAGGGACUUCAUAUUCAUCCUGAGUUUGUGAAAGCGGACAAAAUUCAUUUGGUGCCUUUGUUUGAAUCGACUCUGGAAUGAGAUACUGCUUAGCCACUUUCACCUGGAAUGAGUUUGGUAUAAGUGAGGUGAUAAAUGAUGAUGAGGGAUCAUCAUUAAAAUGGGUAGUAGGUGAUGCAUACAUAUUCCCUGAUAACUAUUUUAAGCUGUCUGCGUUCAUAACUUUGUGAUUCGUUUCAGCAAAUUUUACGAUGACAAGGAAUUUCUUGAGGCAGUAAAAACAUCUCCUCUUAUAUUAAACCUGUACAUGCUGAUUGAAGCAAUUGUAGCUUUUACAUAUUGUAAUGGUCAUGCUCAGUUAAUGACUCCCGAUAUGGUACAUAAAAUAGAGGAGAUUCGUCGCAAGAGAGAUGGAGCAGAAUAUCACCUGAAUUCCUGGCAUCGUGGCUUGAUUUUGAUGUCAAAGUGGCUGAUAAUAUUAAGGAAAACAGCCAAGAUCUUAUUUCUCAAGAGGAGAGUGUCAGGAGAGUUGGGAAGAUAGUUGGAACAGACUAUAAGUUAUCAAAUAAUAGUGUCUGUACAAUUUCAGACCUGUUUUCUUACCCUCAAUCCUUUGCUUAUCAUUUCAAACAUCCUGACACUACUGAUUGUAAUCUACCUGGAAAGUGUGGGUUCCUACUGAAAAGCACGCCUAUUUUGAAGUUUAAUAAACCACACAAGUUUAAAGUAAACAUUUGUUAUGACCAAAGAGAAUAUCCCGAGGGACUUCAUAUUCAUCCAGAGUUUGUGAAAGCGGAGAGACUUCAUUUGGUUCCCAUGCUUAAAACAGUUAGCGAGUCGGAAUACUCAUAUUGCUUAGCCAGUUUUACGUGGAAUGAGUUUGGUAUACGCGACAUUUUUCAGCCGGCUUUUUACGAACUGUAUGGUUCUUUUUUUAAUUCCCUACAUUUUCAAUUAGGUAACGCCAACAUACAGUGUGUAACUAGUUUGAAGUUGAUCGCUUUCAUCACAAUAUCAGACCCGCCAGCUAGUUCUGGAGAUUGCGUAAUUGCACCAACUAAUAACAGAGAUUGCGUUAUCGCAUAAUUUGUAUUGUGUUUCAUUUCUAUUUGUAAUUUUUGAUAAUUUUUGUUAUGAUCUCUUGAAAAUGUAGUAACCUAAUUAUGUCUGUUGAGUCUACAGUUUAUGUGCAUUCACCCUAGCUCAUUUUCCAGUACGCGCGAUUGAAAAUCGCUUGUGCAAUACAAUUACUCAUAAGCGCUGACCUUUG